AAGCAGAUCAAGGCAGACUUCUGUGACUUCCUUUCAUAUCUUAGUUCAGUCAUGGCUACAUGACACGCUAGAGACUUCGGCUUACUCUAUUUCAGAUCUUAUGCUUCCAUUUCAUUGACAAGAUACCGCUUCUUCUGCCGGAGAACAGUUUCGUUUACUUUGUGACUCUACAGCACUGAGGAUACUCCAGCCGUUACGAUGCACUCAAGAGCUUGCUUGUUGUUGGAAAGAGAAUUUCAGGAAUAUAAAAACGCCCGCAUCUUUGGUAUUUCUGUUACACCUAUAGGAGAUAACUUCAUGGAAUGGGUUGCUGAGAUCCAAGGACUAAAGGAUUCUCUAUGGGAAGGCGCUGUACUCCAACUAGCUAUGAAGUAUACUGAAAAUUACAACAAAGUACCUCCAAGCAUCAAUUUCACCACUAUUCCUUUUCACCCCAAUGUGGACCCAACAACUGGGAGACCUUGUGUGGAUUUUCUAGAUGAUCCUGCCAAGUGGAACACGAAGUUCACAAUGAGUAGUGUCCUGCUUAGUAUCCAGGUUAUCCUGUCUAAUCCAGUUUUGGAUAAUGCAGUAAAUACGGAGGCAGCUAAAAUGCUGAAGAACAAUAUUUCCCUGUAUAGAAAAAGAGUUAUGCAGUGUGUUACCACUAGCCAGCGCCUAGAAGCUGUGGAUAGCUCAGAACACAAGUCUACAACUUCAAUCAAAUGUUAUAUUGCACCUGAAGAAUCUGCUCCUGAACAAUCAAGGAGGAUUACAAAUGUAUCAUAUGAAGAUUAUUAUUUGACGUGGUUUCAAAUAGCAACAUCGAGAACAGAUGGAGAAUUUAAAAGAGCAGUGUUUGACGACCCAAACUUCAUAGCAAACCAGUAUGACUGGAUGGCAGCAAAUGCGAUGAAAGGCGAAUGGGAUGCAGAUAUACAUAGAAUACUUAUCUCUGAGCUUACUAAAAAACGGAAGAACCCAAAAAUGUUUAAAGUAAGAGAAAAUAUUCCAAGCCUAACUCCAGCACCAUCUGAGUAUGAAAAACCUAUGACAUCAUUAUAUAAGAUGCAAAGCAGAAGUCAAGAAGAGGAGCACUGGGAGCAAGAAGUAGAAGACUUAGUAACCUGGUCACGGACUCUUGGCUAA